AUUCUCAUUAUUUUUGACUUUUAGCAACCGGCUGCCAAUUUGUUUCUCUCUAAAAUUUGAAAAACGAUGACACUUGAAUUUUGGAUAUUGUUAGUGCUAUAUGCUACAGGAACAAGUGCUCUCAACUGCUACCAAUGCAAUGGAUGGCAUGGGGAUUAUCCGUUGCGAUACUCAACUGCUGCCACCUGUGACAACAGGAAUGAUCAAUGUCAAACUACUCAGUACUGCGUGAAAAUCAUCGACCCAAUGUCUCCCGGAGUGAACUACGUGACCUUCAAAUCCGACUGCUUCUACCAAACUCAAAUCCAAGUGAACCCGACAAACUUGAGUUAUAUCCAAGGAAAAACGUGCUUCCCAUAUCAAGAUGGAUCGGCUCCAGUCAAAAGAUGGUACUACUGCUUCUGCAACGACCGUGAUUAUUGCAACACUGCAAAUGGAUUUGGAAUCGGGAUUGUACUUGUUUCUCUAAUAUCUCAAUAUUUGCUCUAAUAAAUAGAUUCAAUAAAAUUAAACUUCACACUA